AUGGCAUCGCUACAGCUGCAAGGGUCCUCGAAAAGUACCGCCCACCAGAGCCGACUGAUUUCGAUGUUGCGAGAAAAUAUUCUGCGGACCGACAAGGAGAACCUGCUCCAGAAUCUUAUCGCCACUAUGAUUCUCUAUCAAUAUGAAGUUUGGACGACAGACAACCGUGAAAAUAUCUGGGCUUCCCACCUAUGUGGUGCAAAGAAAAUCAUGCAUGCUUCAGCUGCAACGCUUGAACUGUUCCAACAUGAAAGCUCUAUUAUUAUGGACUGGAUUUACUACCACGAAGUCAUCUCGGAAUUUAGCCUGCGGCAUUGGGCCAAGGCUAGCACCACAGACAGCUUCUGUAAAGGACCUAUGGCGGCACGACCCAAAACCGCAAUAACUGAUGACUCUGUGAUCCCAAGCGGUAUUACAUGUCCCAUGGAUGCCCUUGAACUAAUUCAAAUUAUAUGCAAGCGUUCUUCGGCAUAUGAUGACUUCGAUGUCCCAUACGAUAACAGGGAUAUGGAGCAGAUGCGGAGACUCAAACAUAGCAUUUAUGAGACUGUUGGAGAGAGCGGAACCUUUCACGAAAUUUCGAGAGAACCAUUGCGCAGAGAGGAAAUGCUGACCUACCUUUACCGAUGUGCGGCGUUGAUAUACUUGAAUCGUGCGGUUCUGAGGAUGCCCAGUACCGCAUUCCAACACCGAAGACUAGUGAGGGAGGGCAUUUUGCUGUUAAAGAACCUUGGCUUCUGUGAGACUGCUUGGCCGUUAUUCCUUAUAGCUUGCGAGGCUGGUGAAGAUGAUCAGCGCCUCCAAAUAUCAGAGAUCCUGUCAGAGACGACAAGGCAAUCGCGGCACCGAUCAAAUCACAUCCCUCUGAUUCAAAGCAUGGUCGAGGCGAUAUGGAAUCAGAAUGAUCUCAAUCUGGACAGUGAGAUUGACUACGUGAGGACUCUCUAUACUGUUGUGUCAACUGCGCCAUCUUUACCACUCUUUGCAUAG